CAGUUCUCUGGAAAGAGAUAAAGGCAGGGAGGGUGGGGCAGUUUCAGGGCCAGCAGCUGCCCAGGGCAGGUGUCUCUUCGGAGGGUAGAGGUCCCUGCUCCUGUCCCUCAGAGCUCUGGGAUCCUCCCCAGGCUCUGCAGCACCAUGUCCCCAAUCCUGCUUGUUCUUCUGCUCUUGGCCUUCCAAAAUGCCCCUGGAAAAACGGAAGAACCAGAGUGUGGUCGACCACAGCGGCCCGAGGGCCGAAUCGUGGGUGGUUCUGAUGCCUCCGUUGGAGACUGGCCGUGGCAAAUUGCCCUGUUCUGGGGCGAUUUUUACAUGUGCGGCGGCUCCCUGAUCUCAGAGUCCUGGGUCCUGUCUGCAGCCCACUGUGUGGUACAGAACCAUACUACGAUACCCCCGGAGAUGCUUUUCGUGGUCCUGGGAGCCCACAAUCAAAUGUCUGGGGCCCCCGGGAUCAGAAGGAACGUGUCUCAGGUCCUGGUCCACGAGGACUAUCUUGAAGCUGAGAUUGGCGACAUCACUUUGCUGCAACUCUCCAAGCCCGUCAAUUUCAGCGACCUGGUGCAGCCUGUCUGCCUGCCCCGGGCCACUCACCACUUUGCCCACGGAGCCUCCUGCUGGGCCACAGGCUGGGGAGCCAUCACGGAAAAAGUGGACCUGAAUCCCCCGAGGACCCUCCAGCAGGUAGAACUAAAAAUCCUUGGAGAGGAUGCCUGCCAGUGUCUAUAUAACAACACUCUAAUCGCCCAAAACUACACUUUCACCCUUGGGCCCGGGAUGCUGUGUGGUGGCUUCCCUGAAGGUCGGAAGGAUACUUGCCAGGGGGACUCUGGAGGCCCACUGGUCUGUAAGGAAGGAGAUCAGUGGUUCCUGGCUGGAAUCACCAGCUUUGGCUUUGGUUGUGCCAGAAGAAACAAGCCAGGGGUUUUCACAGCUGUGGCCUACUAUGAAGACUGGAUCCGGGAAAGAGUGACUGGACAUAGGGUUGCCUUCCCCCCACAACCCGAGCCUCUGCUGCCCGAUUUGCCAGAGUAUUCUUUUGGGAACUGUACCCUUGCCUUGCCAGAAUGCGGAAGGACCAACCGAACUGGUUUUUGGCCCUGGCGGGCUACAGUGGUUAGCCCAAGAUCCAAGCCCUGCCAUGGGGUGAUGGUGUCGGAGAACUGGGUCCUGGUGCCUGCCAGCUGCUUUCAGGGCCUGGACCUCAAUAAGAAGGACUUUGAGGUGGUGCUUCCACCCAAGGCCAUGAGGAUACCUGUUGCCCAAGUUGUGUUGAAUGAAAACUAUACCAAGAGCUACGAUUAUGACCUGGCCUUGCUGCAGCUACAAGUGCCCGUGAACAGGAGCGACAACACGAGGCCAGUGUGCUUGCCCAUGGUAGACCACUACUUCCUGCCCGGGAGCCAAUGCCGGCUGGCCCAGUGGGGGCCCGGAGAGCCACCCACUGUUGACACUUCCUUGCUGGAGUCCCAGAUGAUGUCCGGCUGGUGGUGUUCCUGCCUUUACCAGGAGGGGGCGCUUGUGCCCCGGCCUCAAGCUGUACCUGAAGCCCUGUGUCCCUACUACCGCCGGGAGGAGGAAACCCACCGCUGUUGGAUGGGGAGCCGUUGGAGCCUCCUAUGCCAAGAAUCGGGGACCUGGUUUCUGGCAGCUGUUUCAGUCCCCCCAGAAAACUGUCUCCGACCUCAGAUCUUCUCCCCAAUGCAAACUCACGACUUCUGGAUCAGGAGUAUCACCAUUAACGCCUACAUGGAGGAUCAGCUGGAUUGGAACUGGAAAGAGGGGACACAGGCGCUCUUUUCCUCAAAGAGCUGUCCUCCUCCUCUCUCCCCUAGAGUUUGUGGCCUUCGACAGCUGGCAGCAGAAGAAACUGGUCUAUGGCCUUGGAUGGCAGAAGUGCAUGGAAUCAGGGGUGAAUUCUGCAUAGGCAUCCUGGUGAGCCCUCGUUGGGUCCUAGCAGCUAGUCACUGUGUGACAAGGCAGGCCUACAUGGAAUCUAGUCUUCGAGUGUACCUGGGCAAGGCAGGGCCCGAAUUCACUGCCCCGAGCUUCCCCGUGUCAAGAUUGGUCAGAAACAUUCAACUGCCCUCCCUUGUGGGAUCCAGAGCACCUCUGGUCUUACUGGAGCUAGACACCAGAGUAGAGCCUUCCCCCUCCACCCUGCCUGUCUGUCUCCAUGAUAAGCCUGCCUUACCUGGGACAAACUGCUGGGUGCUAGGCUGGCAAGAUAACCAAGUCCCCUUGGCUGUUGAAGUCUCCAUCUUGCCCCCUGGACUUUGCCACUGCUUCCACCAGGGUGAGCUGCCUUUUGGAACCAUCUGCGUCCAGUAUUCUAAAGGGACAGAGGCCAGAUUGCAGGUGGAUUCAGCACCAGCUCUCCUGUGCAAAGAACAAGGCUCCUGGGUCCUGCUUGGCCUAGCCCUAAGGGGAAGCAGGAAGCUAUUUGCCCCAGUGGGGCCCUUAGAAUCCUGGGUCUCCCACACGGUGGGGGAAGCAUCCUUUCUGGACCAAGCAUCCUUUUCCAAAGGGUCUACCUUCAAGCCAUACAGUGUCCGGGACCCGUGCCCUCCAGGCCUGAGUGGGGCCUCCACACCUCCAAGAGCUGCACUAUUACUGCUGCUGCCUCUCUUUCUUCUACUAGUCUGAGGUCCAAGGAGAGAAGAUGCAACUGUACCUUUUCCCUCCCAUUUCAUCUCUUGCGUCAUAAGUGUCUACUCCUACUAGAAUGUGCCCAGACCAGUUCCAGGCUGGGAACCUCGAAAGCUUCCCCCCCCCAUACAUACACACUCACCUCCCCCAAGGAGGGUGAUGAUGAUGGUGACGAACUGCCAUCCCUGGGUGUCUAAUUGGACUGCUAAUUUGAGCCAAGGAAUCCUGGGGGUGGAGUGAAUACCUGGGCAAUAAACACAAAGCCAACAUUGCCA